UCGCCAAAUUCAUCAUUUCCGGUUUCUGUAAGAAGAUAAACAACGAAUUUAAUAAAAAUUUUAUGAAUGAUGGUAGCCGUGUUUUAGCGGCAAAAUUCUCCAGUGAUGGUGCUCUACAAGAAGAAUGGAUGAUAGACUUCUCUGCCGCGAUGUGUCUCCCACCUCCCCAGAUUUUGGAUCCUCCUCGGGUAGCAAUUCCAGUAGCACGGGGGAGGAGGAGCGUUUACGUCGACUUUUCAACAGUUGUGAUGGAGAUGGCGACGGAUUCCUGUGCAGUGAUGAUUUUAUCUACAUGUGUCGACAGCUGAACAUGGAGGAUAUGGCUGAAGAAAUCAUGGAACAGCUCGGUCUACAGUCACAAAGCAAGAUCACUUUCCAGGACUUUCUUCGGUUUAGAGGCCAGGUACAAAAUGAGGAGUUAGAUCUAAGUCUUGGGGUGGAGGAUCAAGGAAUUGAUUCUGAUCUGAGUGGAGCCUUACGCAAUCCAGACAAUGUAACCUCCUGGCCCACAAUGUCUAGUGACAGCUUUGGGGCAUACUCUGGAAAGCCAGAUAGUCUGGAUUAUGACAGUGGAGCCAGAGACAUGAGUCCAGAGCCAGCCAGCUUACACCAUCUUGUAGAAUCCCACAAUCCCAAGCUCCUCAGCUUAGCUCAGGAUGACAGAUUAGGAACGGAAAUCCUGGAUGUAGCUAACAGGCUCCAUCUAGCAGCAUUGACUUCCUUGAAAGGGGAGAUAAUAGAACUAAACAACAGGCUUCACCAUGUGACCAGUGAACGGGACGUGUUAGAGAAACAAAUCAAUAGGAUACAGGCAGAUAAAGUGAGACUGCAGCAUGAGUGUGAUACAAGAAUCGAGAUCACCACGGGACGGUAUGAGGAGCGGAUCACAGAACUUCACAGUGUCAUAGCAGAGCUUAGGAAAAAAAUAGAGAGGCACCACAUUAAUGUUAUCAGAGAGGAAGACGAGUAUGAAGACGCAGCUGUCCAGAGUAAUAAAAGUAACGAUGGAGGAAGUCGGGCGGCUAACGACUCUCAGGCCAGCGGUCUAGAUAUCCUUGGCAAUGACUUGAACACGGAAAUGUCCCGGGUAGUGACGGCCCUGGAUAAUGUGAUCGAGAAUCAACCAAUGAAAACGGGGCAGGACACGGUAGAGGAGGGCUGUAAUACAGAAGAGGCCCUUUGUGAUAUUGAGGACAAUGACAGUGUAGAGGAACUAGCUUUACAGGCAUGUAAACAAAUGGAUGCCCUUGACCUUGAAUCUCCCCCUUCACCCCCACCCCGAGGCCUUAGACCAGCCACUUUCCAUCCUCCUCCCCCACCCCCUCCCAACGAGUACCCUGACCCCGCCUACCUACAGGAAGUGAUUUUUACCCUCAGACAGGAUGCAAUGGUGCUACAGGAAACUGUACAGAGGCAGGAGGCGGAGCUUAAUAUGCAUAGAGCUGCAAUUGGCAGCCUCAGGGAGGAGAGAGACAAGUUAAGGCAGAGGGUUCACGAAAUAAGAACAGAACAGAUGUCCCCUCAACAUCUCAAAACCUCCCCCCAGGCCAGUCGGACAUCAACCCCCACCAAAAAUCAACCACCCCACACACCCACUGAAAGAUCUCAGAUGUCCAAUAAUGAAACAUUCCCAGUAGCCAAAGUUGCUGAACUCAAAAAGCUCAAGACAUGCUCGAAUGAGCGCCCUGUGCUGGGCUGUGAACUCGAGUCUGGAGGGCGGCUUCCAAACACCAAAGUAGCGGAACACUUGGUACAGAACAUUCAGGAAGGCUCCAACAUGCAGGAGAUUGUCCAGAAUCUCUACACUGAGCGAGGAGAGCUAGGGGAGAGCAAAGUACAGGAAUUCGAGAUCGAGUUUGAGAGAUUGCAAAGCAAAAUUGACAGUUUGAAAUCUCAAAAUGAUCUACUAAAUUUGACAUUAAUGGAAUCCAAGUCUUUGUCCGAUAGGUUGUGUAUACUCAUAGGAAAAUAUGAGUCCAAUAAUACUGCCCUGCAGUUGGCAUUGAAUUAUUCAGAUCAAACUAUUGAGGCUUACGAUGUUGUGUUGUCGUUGACUGAGAGUGAGUUGGGGUUGACGUUAUCAAACUGUCGAUCAGCUGGAGUUACUCAGGGGCUCAGGAGUUCAGCUCAGACACAGGAAGAAAUUAACCAGCUGGCUCAGAAAUCUCGGAAUACUCGGAAGACUGCAGAAAAUGUGGCCAGGCAUCUGAUUCAAAAGUUGGACAGGAAUUUUGGUGUUAACCCAUGGGAUGAUAGUUCUACACACACUGCAAGCACCAGCAGUAGUGGUUGUUACUCAGAAGAUUUUUCUAAAGCAGAGGAACAGAAACUUAGAGAAUACAUCCACCAACUGAAGACUGAGCGAGCCUCGAUCAAGUCCACCGUGAUGGAGCUGGAGAGCCUGAACAUGGAUGCCCCGGUCAACGAGCCGACAAGACAGACUGAGGCGUGCAGGCUAGAUCUGGAGAAUGCUGUACUGAUGCAGGAACUCAUGGCCAUGAAGGAAGAAAAAGCAGAAUUAAGGGCCCAGAACUACCUCCUGGAAAAAGAGAAGAAUGCCCUGGAGCUGAGACUCAGUGGGAAGGAAUCCAGGGAGCAGGCCUAUGUAAUCCAGAUAGAGCACCUCAAGUCUGAGAUGGAGGAGAGGAAUAAGUCUCAGGAUGCAGAACAGCAGCAUUCUGAUUCAUCCCCAUUGGCUGAUAAAGCAUUACAUGACUUACCUGAGGGGUCAUCUCGAGACUUGUCUGAGGCUCUUCAGAGAGAAAGAAAGCUAAAAUCUAGGGUACAAGAACUGGUGGUGGCUUUGGAGAAAUUGUCCCGGAAUUCUGAGAUCCGACAUCAGCAGUCUGCAGAGUUCGUUAAUGACCUUAAGAGAGCUAACAGUGCUUUGAUAGCUGCGUUUGAAAAAACCAAGAAGAAAUAUCAAGGAAAACUGAAGAAACUGGAAUUUCAGAUCCAAGCACUGACAGAAAGAUAUGAGGCACAGAUUCAUAUGUUGAAGCAGAGGUUAUUGGCCUUGGAAAAUAAUGGUAUCCCACCCAAUGAAACUUCAUUAUAACAACAGAUGUUUUGUGGAGUUGGACAUGAAUGUGGAUUUUUUUUUAAUUCUGUGAUAUUUUUUGUUUCAAAAUCUGCUUUAAAAACAUUUCUGGAUGUGAACGUCAAAUUUUUUUGGAUAAGUUAAACUCAUUGAUGCCAUAUUAGUGAAUUUAGUUUGAAUUUAGUUUAUCAUGAAUUCAUAACAUUAACUGUAUUUUUAUAGCUAUUUAUUAAAAAUUCGUUAUAGUUUGUGCAAAGGUUGUUCGUGAUUGUACAGUAAGUUUAUUAUUUUAAGAUGUAAAGUUUGAGGCAAGUUUUCAAAAUAUCCAUCAUUAUGUAGAUGUAACUUUUUUUCCCCCAAAAUAACUUUCUUUCAAUAUGGUUAAUUAUUUGAUAGCAGCCCUCCAAUAAUUUUAUUUACUGUCAGAAAUAAGAUUUUUUUUAAUAUUAUUAUUUCCAUUUACAUAAGAAUCAUGCAUAUGUAUGAUGUCAACAUUGAGAGAUUUUUCUGAAUAUUAUCAUGCAUUAAAUAUAUAAUGCACAUACUUACAAUGUAUGUCACGAGAACCAUUUCUUAUGUUGAGGCAUUUAUACUUUUCCAAUUUUAAGAUAUAUUGACAAGUUAUUAAAGUCAGGAAGGAAUCUCAGAUUUUCACCACAUAAGUUACCUUUUUGGGGCACCAAUACUUUUAUUUAAAUUUUGGACACAUUUUUUACUUUAAAAAAAAAUGAUUUUUGC